AUGCCGAAUGGCAUUAGCAAGCGCCAGCAGUUGCGCAAUGAGAAAACCCUCGCCGAGCUGAUCCGCACGGUUCCCGGCAAUGACCGUUGUGCCGAUUGCGAUGCCUUGACCCCAGGAUGGGCAAGCUGGAACAUGGGUAUCUUCCUGUGUAUGCGGUGCGCCGCAAUCCACCGCAAGCUGGGAACACAUAUUUCCAAGGUCAAGUCCUUGUCAAUGGACACUUGGUCUUCGGAACAGGUCGAUGUGAGUGGAAUCCGGUUUUUGAAGUCUGGCGCGGUGAUGAAGAAUAUGAAAUCGCACGGCAAUCUCCUCAUGAACAAGAUUUAUAACCCCAAAAAUAUCAAACCGCCUGUCCCCACCGAUGUCGACGAGGCCGAUUCGUGCAUGGAACGGUUUAUCCGGCAGAAAUAUCAGUACCGAUCAUUGGAGGACGGGAAGCCGAAGCCCCCGAGUCGCGAGGAUGCUAGUUACACCCGAAGUCAUGACCGGAGGGAGGAAAGAAGGGAACGGCAGAGGAGCUAUGAUGACUCUCAUCGUGAUGAUUACUCUCCCGAAGGCUCCCCGCCACCGCUGCCUCCCAAGUCGGGCAAGUUCUUUGGGUUUGGUCUUCGAUCGGCUUCCUCGACCUCGAACCUGCGCCGAUUCGGAACCAAGUCCAAGUCGUCGAACUCGCCCACUUCUGAUCAGGGAUCUUGGUCCCCGCCGCCUCGCCGGACGACCGGACUUGGUGCACCGGUUGCCGAUGUGACGACUGCGUCGUUCGAAGCUAAAAUGGCCGCUUUGCGGGAUAUGGGCUUCACCAAUGACCGACGAAACGAGAUGGUCCUUCGCGGACUGAAUGAGAAUCUGGAAAAGUCAAUUGAGACGUUGGUACGAUUGGGCGAAGGGAGCAACCCGGUGUCAAGGGCCAAAACUCCCGUCCCGACGAGCAACACCAGCACUGCUGCUCCUACCGCGCCAAAGCCGGCGGUAUCACCCAAUCCAUUCGACAUGCCCGUCGCCACGACCGGCAAUCAGGUAUCGCAGCAGCCGCAGUCUAUGUCUUAUAACCCAUUCGACCGACCAGCUCAGCCACAGACCCAACAAUCGGCACAGCCUUUGGAAAUGUCGUUCCAAAACCUCCAGGUCUCCCAGCCGCUCUUCCCGCACUCGACCGGUGGAUAUCCCGCGCAAACCGGCUUGAUGCCACAGGCAACGUAUCAGCAGCCAAUCACUCCGCCAGCCACAUCUACCUUUUCUCAGAACGGCUAUGUCUCGUCACCCCAGGCGAUGGAUAGCAACUACAACCCUUUCUUCCAACCCUCAGCUCAACCGCAGGGCGGCAUGGGUGCCCAAUCCUUCCCCAACCCCAGCGCGCCACAGAGCAAUCCUUUCUUUAGCACGACGCCUCAAACGCAAAAUCCUUACUUCCAACAACAAGCGCAGCAAAAUGGUGCAUCAAUUCCGUCAACGAGCCUCCCUCGACAACCCCAGCAUGCAAACACUAUGCCGGCAAUUUCUUCAACUUCACCCUUUGGCACCUCUCCUUUCGGUACAUCUCCCUUCGGCCAGGCACCUUUUUUCCAAACACAGCCGCAACAGCAACAGAAACAGCAGCAGCAGCAGCUACAGCAACCUCAGCAACUCCAGCCACAGGCCCCGGCUACUCCCCAGGGAUCUUAUAAUCCUUUCCAGCAGUCCAUGGGACCACAGAGUGCAGGAGGUUAUCACAACCAGCUACAGCCCCAGCUACAGCCUCAGCAACCACAGCAGCUGAUGCCCCAGCAUACAGCCCGCAUGGACAAGGGCAGCAUCCUCUCAUUAUACAACCUCAACCAGGCCCCCUCCACCAUAACUUCCAUCCCCGAACAAUCCCAAUACCAGUUCCAGCCCGGCGCAGGAACCAGCCCCGUUCCCCCUCUCACAAACUCUCUCAACUCCACGCCCAUAACCCAACCAGGCUCCACCAUCCAGACCCCGCAACCCACCGUGAACGGCCCCGCCAUGGGAUCCCGCAAUCCCUUCGGCGCUGCAACUGUCGGCUCAGGCCUGGCAGCUCAAGCAGGUGUCUCGGCCUUCCCUCCUUCCUCAGGUCUGGGCAUUGGAAUGGGUCUCAACGGGACUGCAGCUCCCAUCGCACCAAACGGCAUGAAAACCUCGCCCUUUUCCGGUCCACCACCGGUCACCACGGCCUUUCCGAGAACUCACAUGAGCCAGCCGAGCGUCGAUAUCAACGGUCUGCAGAGCGGGCGCCACAGCCCCGAUGCAUUCGCCAGUCUGAGCGCACGCUACGGUUAA